AUGCCAAAACUGAACAAGCUCCUGGUUACGUCAAUCAUCGCGGAUAUCAGAGAAUGCGUAUGUGUCGCGAACGAGAUAUAUUCUUGGGUCGGUGGUAUCGAACAUCUGUCAUGGAAAUUCCCUACGAAGAUCGCGAGGGACAUAAAUGCCAUGGAAAUUGUGAAGGAGUACGAAGGAACCGCAGGGGAAUUCUAUAUUCUUCUCCUGGAGCUGGCUUACGACAGAAUUCAAUUCGUUCUACGUUUGAUCGUGGAAUUCUUGGACAAGUAUCCCUUCAUAGAUGAUUUUUUCAAAGAAGUAACAUGUGUCAAUCGACCAAAUCAAAUCUCGUUGGCGAAUUUGUUAAGACUUGUCUGGGAUCGAUUAAAAACGAUACCUGAAUCGAUAUCCCGUCAGAUGGUGAAGAAUAGCCAGAAAGAGGCGGAAGAGUGCUUUACGCCCAAAGUCUCUCGAAGUUGUCAAGCUGGUGGUAGCAUGAACUAUUGCGAGAGUUGUAGGAUAGCAGGCGAGACCGUUCUUCAAGCGAUAAACACGAUCGAGGAGGUCUUCGUCGAGAAUAAAUUAAUUUCCGUUGCCGCUGCACAAAGAAACGAGUGCAAGAGCAACCUCUACGAACGAACGCAAUGGUCAGUAAUGAGUAAAUUAACCAAAGGCAUAGGUGAAGACAUCGAAAUGGCGUUGAAGAAAAUGACGAACAGCAAUUUGAAGAUAGAGGCCGUUAAACGAGAACACGAAAAGUCGAUUCGUGAACUACAGUCCAACUUGACGACACAAAAGAAAUGGGUGGAUACUUUGCAAGCGAAAAACUUGGAGCUGAAGAACGCAUUAGAAAAUGUGGAACGGGAACUGGAAUUGACGAAACGAACCGAUGUAACGUUGAAACGCGAAAACAAGACGUUGAAGGAAACAGUGGAGGAUUCAAGGCGACAGAUAUCGAACCUGACCGGCGGAAAUAGCGUUUUGCAAAGUCAGGUGGCUACGUUGGUCGAGAGCAAAUUGGAGCUGGAGAAGACCGUGAUCAGACUGAGGAAGGAAGUCAUCGACACCCGUGAUGCGUGCCUCGAGACAGAACGACGUACCGAAACGCUUCUGAACGAAUCGAGAAAGGUGAACGAUUCGAUGAGAGAUGAACACAGAAAGGAGAUCGAAAGACUGCAACAAGAAAUUGCAUCCUUACGAUCGACGACUGCGAUCAAAACAAAGAAUGAAAAGAUGAAGAAUAAUAGUUGUAGUAAUAAUUCUGAAGGACUUCGAGCAGAUACGAUAUUAAUGCCCGAGGAUAAUCCUGUGGCGGACAUGACACGGCAACUGAUCUCGAAUCGCGAGAAGAUCGAAGUGCUCUCGCGACAGAAUGAGAGGCUGUCGAAGACACUGCACCGUCUACGAGAGUAUCGACUAACGGGCCAAAUCACGACAAACGGCUCCAACAAAUGA